AUCACAGUCUUUUUAACGUCAAGUAUGCAUUAAGUAACUUGCAAUCUAACUCGUGUCUCUGAAAUGUCUGAAGGCGCUUAUUAUUGCCUUAUGUGUGAGGAAGAAUAGAAUAGUGUUAAAAGCAUAAUGCGCUGUCAUAGUCUACACUGACAGAACUUCUGAGGCGUGAUGCUUUCUGGUUUUGUCAGUUGAACUGUUUUCCGGUGUGAGUACCUUUGAGCACAGCUUGCUGUUUUCGGUUUUGCUGUGUGGCGUGCGCAGCUUUGAUUAGGUGGUACGAAACAUUCAAAUUCAAAAUUUUAAAAAGCGACUUCCUCUUCUGUCACUCUGGCGAGCUUCUUCACUCUACCAAGGCAGUCAUCACUUGCCUCUCCUGCUGUUACAUCAUGUUUAUCUCUGCGCUUUAGCAUCUCACUUUGGACUUCUCCACAGGGACCCGAUGGCAUCUAGGGGAUUUUGUGCGCUGUUUGACUAGGUUCGCUUGUACUAAUAUUUACUGACGCAUAUUUGAGUAUAAUAGUAAUUAAAAAACCUGGCAGAAGACGAGUUGAAGAUCAGCUGAGGGAGCAAAGAGGACCAGUACUAAGACAUGACCCAGUCCUGGCCUUACCAGCAGCCCCCAGGGGAAGGGGGCACUCAGCAUUUCCUGUACUCACACUCAAAGGAGGGGAAGCAGCCCAGUUCACGACACAGACAUGUGAGGGAUGGUGUCUCUAUGAGGAUGCCCUCACGUCCACUCGUGGCCCCUCAUAAAUCCAUGCUCGCUGAUGACCUAAAACUCAGCAGUGAUGAAGACGACAAGGAUGAGGGAAGUGAGCAAACAACUUCCUGGGCUGAUAAUGACCGCUUGUCAGGCCAGCAGCAGCACCACACAAGCACACAUGUCGGAAGAGUGAGACAUUCUAGCUCAGGGUCUUCAGGAUCAGACCCCUCCAGCGAGUGGGAAAGCAGCAGCCAGCGAUCACGCAGCCCGAGCCCAGGGACGCACAACCGGUGCGGGACACCGACCCAGCAGCGGUCCCUAAAUUGUAGCACAGAGACGGAGAGUCCACCAUCCACGCAGUGGCAGCUGGACAGAUGGCUUGAGAAAGCCCCUAAAAAUCAUCAGUCAACUGACCACGACCCAGGUGGAGGACAGCGACGGAGUGCAAAAUCUGACUGUGGCCGAGGACCAUCACCUGGAAGAUACUGGAGCAGAGACCCUGAGUCCAGACAAGAUUAUAGUCCAUGUGAAAGUCCGGUCCCAAGUCCAAAAUUUGACUACAGCCCCAGAAACAGUCCUCAUCCCAGCCCAGAAUACAGUCCGUGCCCCAGUCCAGGAAUUAGCCUUGUGCCAAGCCCAGUGCCAAGUGUGUGCCCAAGUCCAGGAGACAGCUUCCGAGGGAGUCGAAGUCCCAGCCCUUUACUAUUACACCCUCCCAGAAGCCCCAGUCCAAGUCUCUCAACCGCUGCAGUACCUAGCCAAGGUACAUAUCCUCAGGUACAGCGACCUAAACAGGAAAGUCCCAGGCAUAUUGCACGGCCAAACUCUGCCUCUAAUCCAGCACAUCGUCCCAAAGUAAGGCCAUGGGUGCCUCCGGACCAGAGAAAGGAGUUUAGACCCAAGGACUCUAGAUCCAGAGACUCUCGAUCCAAAGACUCCAGAGCUGGUCCUCCCCAACAACCCCGUCAUUCCGAGCACAGCUCACCAAAAAAGUCACACAAAGAUCUCACACACAAGCUUGAAGCCAAAAACUCUGAAUCCACAAGCAAGCAAAGGUUUAACUCCCCUUCAAACCCCAUUUCAAAGCAUUCAUCGAAGCAAAGACCAAGCCCAAAACCACAAGCCAGGCACUCGUCUACAACUGACCAUAGUAUUGAACAUAAUCACAGAAGCAAUGAACUUACAGGAGUGUCAAUCCACAGUUCACACUCCAAGUCAGGCCAUUCGUCUCAUUUUAAUACUUUAAAGAGUUCUGACCGUGGUCCCUCGUCAAAGUCCAGGGACUCAUCCCAAAGCGAAGUCAACAGUCGAUCUAGUCACAGCUCGAAGACUAAAUCUUUCCCAGAUACAAAGCAGUCCAGCUCUAAACAGACUUCCCAACACAGUUCCAGCCCAAAGCCCAAGGUCAAACUAGGGGACACCCCAGUGUCCAGAACCAGGCAUUCCCAAAAAGUCCCAAAGCCUAGAGAGAGAGAGCGAGAGGUGGACAGCCGAGGUAAGGCCCAGGGAGCAACCCUGGUGCAGACCGGCAGGGAGCAGAGACAAAGAAGACUGGCGGAGGAGCAAGUAAUAAGGCGUCGCUGGGUUCGGAGUUCUGAAGAAGAGGAAGAAGAGGAAGACAGGAGAAACGAGGAAGGGGAAAGAGAGAGGAAACGGAGGAGGAGGAGGGAGCAGGAAGUUGAAUGGAAAGCAGUGCAGCCCAAGCAAAGACCUCACACCAACAGCCAGCAUCACGCUCAGAAGGAAUACAACGGACACAACCUUAAGGAGCAGAGGAGGAAGAAGAGACGGUGGAGCAAUGAGGACAUUUCCUCAGGUCCUCAUGUGACAGACACUAGCCUAUCUCCUCCACUUUCUCCACCUUCCCCUACUCCUGUCAUCAAGCCCAUUCGUCCAUCAUCUUCCUCGUCUUCAUCCUCCUCAUCAUCCUCAUCGUCCUCGUCAUCUUCCUCCGAAUCAGACUCUGAGUUCAGUCCACCACGAAAUGUUGCCAAAGUCCCUGCAGAUUCAACAUCGAACCAAAAAACAGUGUCAAAAAGGAGGCAUGACAAACAGGGUUCAGGCACUGGUCCUCAACCCCACGGGUCAAAUUUAGGCACUCCUGAGACAGACAAACAAGGUCGGGGGAGACACAAACUCUACACACUUGUGCCUUUCGGCCGAACUGAAAAGUCCCCCACCGUUGCACAUCGAGGCCUGAGAAAACUUGUUGUGAGGAUAGACCUCUCGCUUCUGGGUAGAGUCCCCAGUACAGAUGAGAUUACAGAGAGACAGUCCUCAUCUUCAGCUUUGUCAUCGGGAAAGACAAAAGAAAAGACACCGAUGAAACACCAGCACCACUUGGACCAACUGCCUGGAGAUGGCAGAAGUAAAAGAAAAGCUGAAAAUGGAGAUGCUCAAAGAGAGAGUAAGAGAAAUCACUCCCGUGCAGAUAAACUACCAGUGCCAGUGCAUAAUGAGAGUGAGGAAACCCUCAACAAGCAAAAUGGUACUGCCCUUCAGAAGCUACAAGAGAUAACUACAUGUUUCCCAGAAAACAAAAUAAGAUGCCAGGAUGAUUUCUUUUAUUCCAAGAGGCCAGUAUCCCCAUUGUCUCCUCCAUCUGGCAUACUGGAGGUCUCAAAGCCCUCGGUAAAAGCUCAGCAUGCAGAGAAGUACCACGCACCUCCAGAAAAAGACAAAGAUUCAACACAGCAGAAAACACAGGACCAGAAGACGCAGCCCAAAGUAGAGGUGGAGUGUGUCGGAGUGUCAGGACACCUACAGUCUCUUUCUGGAUCACUGGUUUCUCCCUCAAAGCUUCCUCUUCACUACAGAGGGACCGUACCUAUCAGUGAUGUCUCUCAUCAUGCUGAGUACUACAUGCAUGAGGCCAAGAGGUUGAAACAUCGAGCAGACGCUAUGGUGGAUAAGUUAGGAAAAGCUGUGAAUUAUGUGGAUGCUGCUUUGUCCUUCAUGGAGUGUGGUAAAGCCAUGGAAGAGGGACCGCUGGAGUCCAAGUCCCCCCACACCAUGUAUGCUGAAACUGUGGAGCUCAUAAGAUACGCUAUGAGACUAAAGAGUCACGCCGGCCCUGGAGCCAGGCAGGAAGACAAACAACUAGCUGUACUAUGUUUCCGCUGUCUUGCUCUUCUUUAUUGGCAAAUGUUCAGACUUAAAAAGGACAACGCUCUAAAAUACUCCAAAGUCUUGCUGGACUAUUUCAAGGGUUCUCCAAAAGGACCUCACAAACCCCCUCAUUGGAACGGUGCUGGAAAGGGAACUGUACCUCCUGCCUCUAUUUGCUCUGUCAAUAUAAUGGGAUCUCACACAGGCAGCUCACCAAGCAGUGUCAUCAGCAUUCCUCAUCGUAUCCACCAGAUGGCAGCAAAUCACCUCAACAUCACCAACAGUGUCCUGUACAGUUACGAGUACUGGGAGGUAGCUGAUACCCUGGCCAAAGAAAAUAAGGAAUUUUUCAACUAUCUGAACACAUUGACUGGACCCUUGACUCUGCAUAGCAGCAUGGCCCAUAUCGUCCAGUACACCAGGCAAGGGCUGCAGUGGAUCCGGAUCAGUGCUAAUCUGUCAUAAUACCAUGUACAGACAUUCUCAAACUACACAAAUCACUUGUGGAAACAAAGUUCUGAAGCCAAAUUAGCAAAGCAUUGUACAGUUACCUGCAUUCUGGAGUGUGGUUUUGGGUCAAGACUGUUGUUAGGCCCAGACGAUAAUGAAGAAAAUUGUCUGUCAUAGUUUUAUGACAAGUCAUGUGGCAUCAUGUCAUCAGAGGGUAUUAAGGAGCGGACGUACCUGUGUUAUUUCAGUUUACCAAGCAUUAAAUGUCAAAAUAUCAAAGAUUAAUCAUGUUUUCUUUGAUGCAAUCAAGCAAGUCAGAUCAAAAAACCUUGGUCAUUCAAUUCUUAGCACUUCUUAAAAAAUGCUUACUGAAAGUUUUGAAAGGAACCAUUGUCGGCUAAUUCAUCAAAUGCUGCUUUUCCAAAAUGUGCCACAUUUUUAUAAGCAAUUAAUUUAAAAAAGGUUUUAUUUUCUGUAUGAAUUAAACUGCCGUUACAAACCUCUUAACUGGAUUAAAAUGAUGUUUUUUAUGGAGUUUUGCGUCAACUAACUUUCAUCCAAAACUUUUUUUUUUUUAUUUACAUGAGCCUUUCUUAACUUCUUAUGUCAAAAACAGUGCAUGCACAAAGUCUCUAAGAUCUGUGGAUGUGAUUCAUGUUUUUUUUUUCUUUGUGCAAUAAGUCUGAGAUUUUUUACAUUAUGUGUCAUGUAGAUGUUCUGGUGCUGUUUUUCAAUAGCCAGCAUAAAGUCAUGUCAGACUAUGCAAGACUUCUUAUGGCAUUGUGAAGUUGUUGUAAAGUUUAAACUGUAAAAAAAAACAUAAUCAGGACUUUUGUAAAUUAAAGUGUUUUUACAGGA